AUGCCUGACGCCAAGCGGGAUGCCUUAACGGCUGCAGCGGACAGAGGCGCGGUGGUGCGCACGCAGGAGGGACGGGUGACGGAGCGAGAACUUUUAAUUCCAGCCGGCGCGGCACAGCCUUCGACAGUCUCACGUACGCCGCGCAAAGGCCAGCUCAUCUCUCUCACACCGAUGGAGCGGCGACUAGUCAUGGGUGUCGGACGCAUGGGGAUGACCAUCGCCGACGGGCUAGUUCUCUCCAGCACGACGGCUAACCCCGUGCUGACAGUUGCCUUCAUCGCCUACGAGUCCUACCGGGCCAUCAGUGACUACCGUCACGGGGAGGUCAACACACUGGGCUACCAGACCAGCCUCUCGGAUGUGGCCCUACGUGUCGGGAAAGAGGUCGGAACCGCCGCAAUCGGUGUUGCCAUUGGUCAUGGAGUGGGGACGCUUAUAGGACUGAGUGCUAUUCCAGUAGCAGGGCAGAUCUUCGCUACCACACUGCUUUCAGUUACUCUGGGGAUUUGUGUUGGUACACUUCUUACAAGGUAUGCGGAUCGCAUCUUUGUACGUCUUCAGCUGCAAACACAGUAUGGCUACUCUCCAAACGAACAAAAAUCGCGGAAGAGGUUUGAGCAGUUGUUGGAGGCCCAGCAUGAUCUAUCUUCUUUUGAAACUUGUCGAAUUGUACAGCACUACCGAGAUUACAGAGUAGCGUGUGGCUGGGAAAGUCACACCGAUGUCGACGACUACCGUGCUUCGGCAGAUAUUACGAUGAUGCCUGUUUCAUUCCAACAUUUUGGGAUUGUCCAGCUGCAGCGUAAAUGGGGUUUCCUCAACGAGCGUGGUGAAUGCAAAAAGGUUUAUAAAGCGCUCCUGUUGCUCCAUCAUCCAGACAAGGGUGGUAGUAGUGAUCUCGCUGCGCAGCUCAAUCAUGAUUUUGAGGUGUAUGCCUUCUGCCAGGGGUGGCAAGAAGAUUGUCCAGCUAUAUAUCAAACAGGAUCGACUACAGGACGAGGAACUACAGAUUCUGAAUUUAAAAAACGAAAAAAGAGUCCCAUUGUUGACUUUCUGCGAUCACUGUUUCGUCCUGCGAGUAACUCCACUGUGGAAGCAGAGGGCCUUCGGCAGCAUGGGCUUCUGGCGUUGGAGGCUGGGACACCCUCAGAGCUACAUCGUCUUGAUGAGCUUAACUGGGAAUUCAAUGAAGAAGAAGAUAUAAAAGAUGGGAACCCAGUCUUCGGCACGAGCGCAACGGUCAAACAACGCAGUGUUUCUCGUGUAUUGGCAUCAAUUCAACGGAGUUAUCAACUCGCUACAGAAGCAACCACAUUUGCUGGAUUAGUUCACUUGUACAAGCAGCCCGAGAGGUGGGCACAGUUGGAGCAAGAUGUUUUCGUGUUCAACUGCCUGCAGGCGUAUGUAAAAAUUGUUGAUGAAAAACCAGAGGGAGACAUCUUCUUCGCGUCAAGAGAGCACCUCUGCCGCAGUUUCCGGUGGAGCACAAAGGAAGAAGCUCUUGCACUGCGUGAGGAACGGAGGGAGGCGAUUGUGUCCCUUUGUUUCCCCCCAACGGUAUCUGUCACCUUGAUGGAGGCGCUGGAGUUGUGGCGAACGGCAAAGAGUCUUGCUGAGAGUUUUUUCAAGCAGUGUGCCGGUGGUGACGGGGAUGAUGCAGAGGCAAUAUCGGCGGUGGAAGGCACGGGCCAGACACUAGAUACACUUUUGAACAUACAGAAAGCUCUGCAGAAGAUGACGGAUCGCAGCACAGAGCAGUGGAAAGACACAGGGGCUUCUGAUGAGGAGUGUGUGGAGCCAUCCUUUGUAGAGGAAGUAAAGGGACUUGGACUUACUGCGAGUUGUGCACUUGCCGGGGCACACGCCUUAAGUAUGCACGAAAAACUAUGGAAAAUGUGUGAAGACUAUUUCAAAGGGCGAAGGCGGAAGCUUGAGACUCUCACUUCACUCCUAAAUGAGAUUGACGAGAUACGAAGUCAACUUAAUACUCUCCCUGUUAAAGAGUGCGAAGCACUCCAAGCGCGGCACGACGACUACAUAAAGCAAAUCUUUCUUGUUCACCAUGUGUUCGGGGAAGUAGAUGCUAUCACCAGCGAACUGUAUGACGUGUAUACGAUGCACCUCAGUGAAAAGUCUGGCAUCCUCAAGAAGCUGCCUUCGUCGUGCGGGCUGUGUGUCCACGAGAAACUAGAAAUGCCUCGCUUUGUAAAGUACGAGCGAGAACGCACACUGAUGAAUUACAUGAAUCUUGAAGUGGAACCCCGAAAUGCAAUGGACCCCGCCAGCUCUCCGGUGGGCUACGAGAUGAGUGUGGAAUGUCUCGGUGAGGUGACAGCGGUUGAGUUCGCGCUACUCCGCGCCCAGUAUUCAGACCCUCUUACAGGCACCGUUACACCAUGUUGGCUGAAGUGUUAUACAUUCUCGAAGAACGAGGGUGAAGAAGCACCGAAUCGCGCUGCUGAGUUGUUUAGUCAUAUAAUGGAGCGUGAAAUUCGCGUCCCCGAAUUGUGUGCGAGCCAUCGAGUGACAUGUGUGACAGAUGUGUUUUGUGAUGAAUACACACGAAGAAUAUUCUUUCACGUUCCGCGAGGUGGUACGCAGUUACGUUUCAGUUCAACUCAUGAUGUUAACAGGAGGAUUAUGCGACUUGGGGUUCGCUGGCUUCACGACGCACUGCAGUCCAUUAUUGAGCUUCAUUCAUGUCAAUUGGUGCAUGGGGCCAUUUCCCUUUCCUCUUUUACAUAUGAUGACUUUGGAAAUACAACACUGGGGUUUUUUUCUAGCGCGGCGCGUGACCAUGUACGAGACACCUCAACUCCGUUGGAUGAUGUAAUCAACUUUGCUGCCUNCCUGCAUGCAGAAGUGCUUCCAUACCUUCAAGGCGCAGCACUGCCAGUCACUCCAGUACGUCCAUUACCCACCAUGUCAAAGGUUGACGAGAGGUUUUCAGCACCUGAGCAAAAGAAACAGUUACAGCAACAACAACAACAGGAAGUGCUUCACGUAUUUCGGGAGGUUGCAGACCGCUUGAUUGGAAAAGUGGAGCCCCAGUGGUCUUUGCUGGACGCGCGAACGUUUGUAAGACGAUUUUUGGAAUUUAGCUACGACAGCGAUGAGCGGAAUUAUCUUUUUACAAAGGAGGUGUCGUAUCCCGCUUUCUGGGCGACACACAAGAGCAUCAUACCCGUCUCACUCGUUGCGGAUCGCCGCGUAAAUCUUGAGUUGCCACCGGGCGCAGGUGUGCUCCUCAACCGCAAUCUUCACCUUUGGGAAAUCUACUGGAAGUGUCGGCGAAAAAUGGUUCAAAAACGUGGUGGUGGAUUCUUCUCCACACCAGCAGGAUUCAAGAAACGGGUUCCCUUCCUUCCUUGCAGCGACGAUUGUGAGGUAAAUGAGCGGUUUCUUUGGCGGACGUGUGGGGAUGAGGAAGAGGCCUGGCAAAUAUGUCUUGAGGGCACCCUGGACACGGCCCUUCGGUUGCGUUUAUGGCCCCCAUGGGCGCAAACAGGGGGCAGGGAGGAACGCCGCGCCGGCGACAACGCCGCCGCCAUUUGGGGGGUGGUUUUCCGCGUUUCGCUUGGCACGGUCGUUGAGGGCGAUGGCGGCUACCGCCGUGAAAAGGGAGGUCCGAGUCGACGCCGGAUCUCCUCAUUACAAAAAGACCUCGAGCGGGCUGCCGAACAACACAGCGUGCUUCUGAGCGGGUGUGGUGGGGCCGCCUCCGAAAACUGGGAGGUGGAGGUGCCCUCGCCCACUGCGCGCUGCUAUCCGGAGUAUAUGGUUUGCGCGCCUGCGUGA